CAAAACGCGGCUGCUGUUAAAACCAAAAACCAGCCUUUCUCUCUCCUUUUUUUUUCUUUCUCUUUCUACACUUUUCUGCUCAUCGUUCUGAGCUUCGAGAUCGCACAACAUGAUUCAUCUCCCACGAUUCCCAAAUCAAGAGUAGCUCUCCAUAUUCCUAGCGAAGUUUGAGUUUUUUUAUUAUUUUUUUUCUACCACUGUCAUACAAUAAUAGUUCUGCCUUUUCUCUUUUUCGUUGGUAGGUGAGGAAAUCGAAGCAUCAGUCUGAUAAUAAUUCAUGGGUUUUUCUGGGUUUUCGGUUCUGUAAAAUGGGGUCGUGAGAUUUUUGCAGAAAAAGUGAAAGUUGAAGGAGAAAAAAAAAAGCGUAGUUUUAGGGGAGUUUCAAUUGUUAGUAUUUCUUUUUGUUUAUUUUUUUCCCUUUUGUUUUUCCCAUGAUAUCUGUGAGUAGUAGAGAUGGAAGGAAGAGGAUAAGCUUAGGGUUAGAGAUGGAAGAGACUGAGCUUGAAGAAGGAGAGGCUCUGAGCUAUAACAAUGAAGCUCAAGAUUCCACCAUUGAUCCUGAUAUUGCUCUCUCUUACAUUGAGGAGAAACUCCAAAAUGUAUUGGGGCAUUUCCAGAAAGAUUUCGAAGGCGGUGUUUCGGCUGAGAAUUUGGGGGCGAAAUUUGGUGGCUAUGGCUCGUUUUUGCCUACUUAUCAGAGGUCACCAUCUGGGUCUCAUACCAAGAUUCAUGCAGAGCCUCAUCAUAAUCAUGACUUACAAAGAUCCCCGAAAAAGCUGCAUGUGGAGGAUCAAAGAAAAAACUCUCUUGCUUCAUCAUGUGCUUCUCCAUUGGGAAAAGCGGUACCUCUUGGAAGUUCCUUGAAAGGCAUUAAUAGUUAUUCACAAUCUAGACAUGCUGAAGAACUCGGUUUCACAAGUGGAGAUGAUGCUACGUCUAUAAAUUCUUCUGAUCAGAGAACCCUGAAGGUCCGAAUUAAAGUUGGAUCUGAAAAUUUGUCGACCCGAAAAAAUGCUGCAAUAUAUAGUGGUCUUGGUCUUGUAGUGUCUCCAUCAUCCUCAUUGGAUGACAGUCCUACAACUUGUGAAGGGCGAUUUGGUAAACUCACGGAGGCCCCAGAGGCAUCACCCACCAGUAUUCUAGAGAUAAUGACGACCUUUCCGUGUGAACUACUUUUAUCACCCAUUUCAAAAGAUCUGAUUUGUCUGACAGAAGAAAAGAAGCCUAUAGGGAAGUUUGAAACUAAAACAGUGGACAAGACGAGUGUAGAAUGUUCUGGGAUGUUAGAAAAUGAGUCUCUUUCCAGUAAAUGCCACCAGAAAAGAUCGACGUUGUGUGAGAAGGGUGAUGUUUUAUCAUCUAUGAAAUUGAAGAAUAAGAAGAACAAUAGCAAUAUGGAUUAUGGUAAAGGUUUUCUCUUGAAGAAGGAAAAGGAAACUGAGGUCGACACGUUAAGAUGUGAGGAACUUGUCUCGAAUGCUUCGAAACUUCCAGUUCUAUCCAGUUCUCAAAAUAACUCUAUUGAACCUGCAAAAUUAAAAGAUGACGUCAAAGUGGAAACCUUCUCGGCAUUUAUGGAGAAUGGUAAUUUGGAUAAUGAAUCUGCUCAAGUUAUUGGUGGGGUUGAUAAUUCGGGCAAAACUUUUGAAUCUAAAAAAGGAAAUCUUGUCAGUAACAAUGCAGCUUGCUCUUCUGUUGACCAGUCGUCUGAGUUAAUUGUCUCUAAGGGGAAAAAAAGUGAGGAAGCUCUAAAACCAGAUAUUGCAAAACCAUCCACAGGGGGCAAGAAAAAACAAAAAGUGGCUAAUGGUGCUGACAGAUAUAAGGACUUUUUUGGGGACGUUGAAUUUGAAGACGAUGAUAAAGAGUCUAUUUCAGGCGAAACAAACUCCCCAGGAAGGUUGAAAAAUCCCCGAGCUGUUGGGAGAAGAAGCUCGAGUGAUGAUCUGAACAUUUCUAAAGAGAAAUCUGAUAUAGAUAUUUCUCAAAAGCCACCACAGGUCCCAGAUAUUUCUCAUUUGGCCCCUCCCAAUGGAAAUGCACCGUUUGCACAUGCUCCAGCAGGAAGUGUUCCUUCAGUGCAAGAAGAUUGGGUCUUGUGCGACAAGUGUCAGAAGUGGAGACUUUUACCUCUCGGAACAAAUGUUUCGAGCCUUCCUGAUAAAUGGAUUUGCCGGAUGCUUACCUGGCUGCCUGGAAUGAAUCGAUGCAAUGUUCCCCAAGAGGAGACAACGAAUGCUUUAAGAGCCCUUUACAAUCCUUCUGCUUCAAUCCCAGGCCUUCCUUCGGAGGCCCAAAGCUGUCAACUUAAUAAUAAUAACUGUGCUGUGAAUUCUAUGCAAAUGGCCAUGGCUGAUGCUAGUUACCCAGCUCAAGAGAACCAAAACUGUGCUAGUGGGAAGAAAAAAUACGGGUCAAUGAAGGUAGAAAAUUCGAAUGAUCUAGAUGGCUCCACCAACUCCUCACAUUCACGCAAGAAAGGCCUCGGAACAUCUGGUAAGACGAGUAACUUGAACAGCGGAAAGAAUUCGCCUUCUAGAAAGUCGGUUUUUCUGGUCGAGAAAUAUAGUGAUCAUAAGGAAGAAAAGCAACCACUUUCCAACUCCUCUGAUAGAGGUACAAACUUAAAAAUGCAGAGGAAGCGAGAGGCUGAUACGGAAGGUUCUAGAGCUUCUAAAAGAAUAAAAAGUGAGGAAUUACAUGCAGAUGAUGACCAUUGGACUUCUGACAAUCGUGGUAGUUCCUCAAAAGCAGAUUGUCCAUCUACCAGUUUUUCUAAUAAAACAUCAAGGACUGAUGAUAAGCAUAAAUAUAACAGCAAAACAGAUUCAAGUGGAGCCGAAAAAUGUGAUGAAAAGGAUUCUAUCAGGAAGAGGAAAGCAAAAGAACAAAGUGACCAACAGAAAGAAAAGAAAGCUAAAGUUAGUCACAAAGAUGAUCAUCAUAACGGGCAUUUCUCGAGGAAUAUUCAGGCAGUGGAUUAUUCGAAAAGUGAUAUGGGUUCUGUAAAUCCUACAGUUGCUGCUAAUUCAAGCUCGUCUAUUUUAUCCGGCUCCCAUAAGAACAAAGCCAGUGGCCAGGAAGUUAAAAGUUCCCCUAUUGAGUCAGUGUCUUCUUCUCCUAUAAGAUAUCCUAACAUCGAUAAAGUCACGUCAGGUAAAAAUAAGGAUAUGAAAAAAGAUGGAGGUCUUUCUGGUGAAGGUGUAAAAAAUUCUUCUGAGCAGUGCCAAUUUGAAGAAAAGGCAAAUGUAGACCCAUCACUGAAGAAAAAAAAAACCGGGAAAGAAUUGUCUUCACAUUCGAAAGACAAUGCUCGUGCUUCUGGAGAUAAAGUUCAAAAUUCUUCACAUGAGAAAAAGCUUAAUAAUAAUAUUCAUCAAGAGCAAGCUAAGGAGAAAUUACCAAAGAGAAGCAACCAAGCAGAGACUAAUGGAACUGGAAAAUCGUGCUCACUUCCACCCUUAGCAAGAAUUUCGACUGAACCUGUUUUUGGAACUCAGAAAGAUAGUGGUGUUAAAAGUUCGGCACUCGAUUUAGAUAAUGGUGAGGGACAAAAGGGACCAAAUCAGAAAACGAAAGUUGAGAACUUGAAAACUCCCAAUUCUCUUAAAGUUCGGGAUAUUGAUGCUCCUAGUCCCCUUCGAAAGGAUACAUCAAGUCAUGCAGCUAACAGUGCUUUAAAAGAGGCGAAGGACCUAAAACACUUGGCCGAUCGUCUUAAGAACGAAACCCUCAAACUACACCCAAGCGGCUGGAACUUCUUUGGCAAAUUCCGGCACCGUCCGGCCGCCAAUCUCCGAUUGGUUUACGGUUAUUCGGCUCUAACCCACCUCCGCGCCGCCUGUCCCUGCCGUUUUCUGGUGAUCGGAGAUGGAAGGAAGGGGAUGGGCUCGGGAUUAGAGAUGAAAGAGACGGAGCUUGAAGAAGGAGAGGCUCUGAGUUCUCAGAAUGAACCUCAAGAUUCCACCAUCGACCCUGAUAUUGCCCUCUCUUACAUUGAGGAGAAGCUCCAAAACGUGUUGGGGCAUUUCCAGAAAGAUUUUGAAGGUGGUGUUUCGGCUGAGAAUUUGGGGGCGAAAUUUGGUGGCUAUGGUUCAUUUUUACCCACUUAUCAGAGGUCACCAACUUUGUCUCAUACCAAGAGUCCAUCAGAGGCUCAUCAUAAUUAUGACUCAUCGAAAUCCCCUCAAAAGCCACAUGUGGAGAUACAUAAUUCGUUCGUUUCAUCAAGUGCUUCUCCGUCAACAAGGCCUCAUGUUGCUUCAGGAAAAGCAGCACGACUUGGAAGUAACUUGAAAAGCAAUAAUGUCAGUUUACAGUCUAGGCAUGUUGAAAAAUCCAACUCAAGAAGUGCAGACAUCAAGAAGACUGUAAAUUCCUCUGAUCAGAGAACCCUGAAGGUCCGAAUAAAGGUUGGCUCUAAAAGUUUGACCACACAAAAAAAUGCUGAAAUAUAUAGUGGGCUCGGCCUUGAAGUGUCUCCGUCAUCCUCGUUGGAUAACAGUCCUACAACUACAGUAGGGCAAUCUGGUAAACUUAAGGAGGCGCCAGAGGCAUCACCCACCAGUAUUCUACAGAUUAUGAUAUCCCCUCCUGGUGGACUACUUUUAUCGCCUCUUUCAGAAAAUCUGAUCUGUCUGACGGGAAAAAACAAGCCUGGAGGGAGGGUUGAAACUAAGAGAGUGAACAAGAAUAGUUUAGAAAGUUCCGGGAUGUUAGAAAAUGGAUCUCUUAUUAGUAAGUGCAAUAAAAAGAAAUUAAAGUUGUCUGAAAAUGGUGGACUCGUCUCCUUGAAACUGGCAAAUCAGAAAAACGGAAAUAAUGAAUCUGCCCAAGCUGUUGGUGGAGUUGAGAAUUUGAGCAGAAAGCUGGGUUCAUUGACCAGUGAUUCUGAAUUUAAAAGAGAGACUCUUGUCAGUAGCAGUGCAGCUUGCCCACUAGUUGACCAGUUCGAGUCAACGGUGUAUAAAGGAAGACAGUGUGAAGAAGCUGCAAAACCACCUCUUGAGAAGUCAUUCACUGCCAGCAAGAGAACACCAAAAUUGACUUACACUAUAGGCACUCAAGGUGUAUCUUCAGCUAAAGAUGACAUGCGAGAUAUACAGAAGGAUCAUGAAAAACCUGGGGACAGAUAUAGGGACUUUUUCGGGGACAUUGAAUUUGAAGACGAAGACAAGGAAUCGGUCUCAGGUGAAAUGAAGUCUCCAGGAAUAUUAAAGAAUCCCAUGGUUGUUGAGAAAAGAAGCUCAAGUGAUGAUCAUAACAUGUCAAAGGGGAAAAAAUUUGACAUAAAUUUUUCUCACAAACCACCACAAGUCCAGGAAAACUAUCCCACAUCUGCUUCUCAAUCUGCUCCUCCCAAUGGAAAUGGGAUGACUUCUGAAGCUCCAGUUGGAAGUGUUCCUUUUGUGCAGGAAGAUUGGGUCUCAUGCGAUAAGUGUGAAAAGUGGAGACUCCUGCCACUUGGAACAAAUGUUUCGAGUCUUCCUGAUAAAUGGCUUUGUCGGAUGCUUACCUGGCUGCCUGGUAUGAAUCGAUGCAGCAUCCCUCAGGAGGUGACAACUAAUGCUCUAAGAGCCCUUUACCAUCCUACUGCUUCAAUUCCGGGCCUUACUUCAGAGACCCAACACAGUCAGCUUAAUAGUAAUUCUGCUGUGAAUUAUGCACAAAUGGCCUCAGCUGAUGCUAGCUAUCCCGGUCUAGAGAACCAAAAUCCUGUUUCUCAAAUAGCGCCAUUUAGUGGGAAGAAAAAACACGGAUUGGCAACGGCAGUACUUUCGAAUGAUGUAGAUUGUUCCAAUUCUUCAAGCUCCCUCAAGAAGAGCCUCGGGACAUCUGCUAUAACAAGCAGUAUGAACAGCAGAAAGAAUUUGCCUUCUCGAAAAUCGGGUUUUGCAGUCGAGAAGUACAGUGAUCAUAAGAAAGAAAAAUCAUCACUUUCCAACUCCUCUGAUAAAGGUACCAUUUUUAAAAUAAAGACCAAACGAGAGGCAGAUGUGACAGGUUCUAGAGCUUUCAAAAGAAUGAAAAGUGAGGGAUUGCAUGAUGAUGACGACUAUUGGACUUCUGACACUGGGGGGACACCUUUAGAAGCAGUUCGUCCAACUACCAGUUUUUCAAAUGACACAUCAAAGAUCGAUAAGCGCAAACCUAACAGCCAUAUGGAUCUAAGUGAACCUAAAUCGGAUGUGUUUCCUGGUACAAAUGCAGCAAUACAUGAAAAAUGUGAUGAUAGGGAUUCACUCAGAAAGAGGAAGGCGAAAGACCUAAGUGACCCACGGAAAGAAAAGAAAACUAGAAUUUUCAAUGCUGGGGUAAAACACAACGGCAAUGUGAACGGAACCACUGUAAAUCCUUCGGUUGCUGCUAAUUCAAGCUCGUCUAUGGUCUCCUGCUCUCAUAAGAACAAAAUCAUAGGCCAAGAAGUUAAAGGUUCCCCAGUUGAAUCAGUUUCUUCAUCUCCUUUAAGAUAUCCUAGUGCUGUUAAGUUCGUGUCACAUAAAGAUAAACUUGUAAGGAAAGAUGAUUUUCAUGAUACUGGUGGUUAUCUAACUGCCGUUGCAAUUGGUUCAGGGAUGCUUUCUGGUGAAGAUGGACGAGAAAUGGUGAAGAAGGAAAAUUUGUCUGAGCAAUGCAAGGUUGAAGAAAAGGCAAAUACCACCAUCCAAUCACAGAAGAAUAGGUCUGGGAAGGGACUUUCUUCACAUUUGAAAGAAAAGAUUGGUGCUUCUGGAGCGUACUUACAUGGAGUUCAUAAUUCUUCACAUGAUACUUUGGGCCGUGACCAUUUGUAUGAGGAGGGACUAAAGAGUAAGGGUGAGAAGUUCACUGGUCAAAAGGAUAAUGCUGGAGGAACUCCAAUUGUGAGGAUUAAAGGACAAAAUCAUAAGAAAUUCGCGCACGAUGAAAAAUACGUCACCAAAAUCCAGGAUAAGAAGCAUCAUAUACAUCAAGAACACAGUAAUGAGAAAUUUCCCAAGAGAAGCAACUGGGCAGAAGGCAAUGGGAAUGGGAAAUCACACUCCGUUUUAGCCUCGGCAAAAAUUUCGACAGAGAUUGUUUCUGGAACUCAGAAAGAAAAUAAGGAUGAUGGACAAAGUGCACCGAACCACAGAAAGAAAUAUGAGAACCAGAAUGGUCAGCCUAUUAGGCAUCCUACUCCAAAUUCUCUUAAAACUAGGGACAUUGAUGUUCCGAGUCCCGUUCAAAGGGAUUUGUCCAAUCAUGUGGCUAACAGUGCUUUAAAAGAGGCGAAGGGCCUCAAACACUUGGCCGAUCGUCUUAAGAAUUCUGGAUCUACUGAAAGUAUAGGAUUGUACUUCCAAGCUGCUCUCAAGUUUCUCCAUGGAGCCUCUUUGCUGGAAACUGGAAGCAGUGAAGCAACAGAGCAAAAUGACUUAAUGCAUUCAAUGCAUGUAUAUAGUAGCACUGCCAAACUUUGCGAGUUUUGUGCCCGUGAAUAUGAAAAGUUGAACGACAUGGCUGCUGCUGCUUUGGCCUAUAAAUGCAUGGAGGUUGCUUACUUGCAUGUGGUUUAUUUGUCACAUAACAGUGCAAGCAAGGAUCAAAAUGAGUUGCAAACAGCUCUGCAAAUUGCUCCCCCUGGUGAAUCUCCUUCUUCCUCUGCCUCUGAUGUUGACAACUUGAACCACCAAGCAAUUACUGACAAGGCUGCUCUGGCUAAAGUUGUUGGUUCUGCUCAAGCUUCUGGAAGCCAUACCCUCACUGCACAAAAUCGUUCUGGGCACAAGAUGUUAACUUUGCAAUGGAAGCCUCAAGGAGAUCAAGAAUUGCAUUUGCGGCCGCUACUGCAAAACUCGUUGAAAUCUCUGACAAAGAGUGUAUCGAUUCACUUAAAAGGGCCCUUGAUUUUAGCUUCCAAGACGUCGAGGGAUUAUUAUGCCUUGUUCGGUCUGCAAUGGAAGUCAUCAACCGCAAGAGGCGGGCUCGACUGUUUUGCAAGUCAGGGUUUUGAUGAUACUGGUGAGAGACAUAAUAUGGACCUGGUGUCGGAGGAUCGGACGAUGGAGCUCUCUGUGCCCAUGAAGUCUUAUGGCGACUUGUUGGAUGCGCAGAAGGAUCUGUUCGAGAAUCAGAUUGAGAAGCUCCAGCAGAUAGUCGCCACUCAAUGCAAACUCACCGGCGUCAAUCCCCUUUCUCAAGAGAUGGCUGCUGGGGCUUUAUCCAUCAAAAUUGGCAAGAGACCUCGAGAUUUGCUGAAUCCCAAGGCUGUGAAGUACAUGCAAUCUUUAUUCUCCACCAAAGAUGCAAUUAGCAAGAGGGAAACACGUGAGAUUAGUGCUCAAUUUGGAGUUACAGUUACCCAGGUUCGUGACUUUUUUAAUGGUCAGCGAUCAAGAGUGAGGAAGUUUGCCAAAUUGUCUAAAGAGAAAGUUAAUAGAUCUUCUGCCAGUGAUGGAAUGCAUGGUGAUAUUGUCUCAACUUCAGAUCCCAAUAUGUCAGUGGAACCCGUCCCAUUGAAUACUAUGGUCCCUGCAAUUGUCAAUGAAGUGCCCUCAUGCUCAAAGAGCCAUGAGGCUUUAUGUGACAUGGAGGAGUCAGAUAGACAAUUUAUUGAAAAUAUUUUUAAUUCAAUGAGGAAAGAAGAAUCAUUUUCUGGACAGUUGAAAUUGCUGAAGUGGAUUCUUCGCGUGGAAAAUCCUUCAGUGCUGAAUUGGUUUUUGGCUGAAGGUGGACUGAUGAUAUUAGCGACAUGGUUAAGUGAAGCUGCUAAUGAAGAACAAACAAGCUUUCUCCGUGUGGUUCUUAGGGUGUUUCAUUGCUUGCCAAUGAUCAAGGCUCUCCCUGUGCACAUGUCUGCUGUAUUGCAAAGUGUUAAUAGCCUUAGGUGUUACCGGGCAUCAGACAUCUCACACAGGGCAAGAAUUUUAUUGUCCAAGUGGAGCAACAUGUUUGGGAAGAAGCUAUCUUUAAAGAGAAACAAUGGAGUGAAAUCACCCAACGAUUUGGAGGAUGAGAUGCUCAUUCACGAAGUUAUGGGAGAUGAAUCGUGGGACUUAAAAGAUAGGAACGCUGAUAACACUCUAAGAUUCUUGGGUGACAAUCCUGAUAACCAUCGGAAGUCGGAUGCUGCUCCGCCUCUGAAAUUGCUAAUGGCCCCGGAGGAUGAAUCUAAUAAACGGCGAGUUAAAGAUAUGAAAGAACGCCGUAAAGUUCAGAUGGUGGAGCAUCCGGGUCAAAGGUCUACUGCAAGGGGUCCCCAGGUCACGAGAUCAACUUCCACGACUCAAAGCCGCCCGCUUUCUGCUGAUGACAUACAGAAAGCAAAGAUGCGUGCUCAAUAUAUGCAGAGUAAACAGGGGAAAACCGUGACUCGUCCUGAUGAAAAAGCAGGGCCUGAGAGUCAAAACAGAUGUACCUCUUCAAAUGCCAGUUUGUUGCCACCGCCUGUUCCAAAGCUGGUUGCUCGGGUUGAACUUAAGGAGGAUAGGAGAGUUGAUAAUGACAUUCCCAAACCUGCUAAACCGUUAGAAAUUUCUCCAGAUAUGAAGCCUCAGUGGAAAAAGUUCAAAAGAAAUGGACCGAGGCCCGAUUUCUCGAGAAACCCAUUUUCCCGGCAGCACACUUCGGCAAGCGGCGGCAUUUAUCAGGCCACGGGUUUCGCUCAGCCCGUUUCGCUUAGUCAGCAUUCGGCCCAUUUGACAGGCCCGCCCGCCACAUAUCCCCAAACUUCUGUUCAGUUGCCCUUAACCUCACAAACGUACCACCAACAAAGUAGAUUUAACACUCUGCAACAUCCACAACAUUUGACCACAGAAAUGUUGCCAAAUCCAGGCCCGAUUAACCCGAAUCUUAAUCGGGCCAGUUCAAAUGGGUAUUACGUACCUGAACACUCGGUUUCCAAUUUGUCGAGGGCUCGGCAGAGUUUUGACCCGAAUUAUCACUAUCAACACACUAGAAAUGAAAACGGAUACAAUGCUUACUCAGCGGUGCUGCCGCCAGGUGGCAGAAACAAUCCAGCUGGCGGGUCCGGGCCCGAGUAUUGGAGCCCCGGUGAAAGCCCGUCUAGAGAUCGUGAGUACUUACCGGGCCAAUAUUAUCGGGCCAAUAGAGAUGAGAGGGCUAUGGGCGGAGCUGGAAAUAAACGGUGGCGUGAUUACAGACAAUAG